UCUGGUGCUGGCUCUGCAAGAGGGAGGAUUGCAGUCACUCUGGUCCUAGUGUGGGCUCUAGCAGACUUGGGGAUCAUGGACAUCGAAGCAUAUUUUGAAAGAAUUGGUUAUAAGAACUCUAGAAACAAAUUGGACCUGGAAACAUUAACUGACAUUCUUCAGCACCAGGUCCAGACCAUUCCCUUUGACAACCUUAACAUCCAUUGUGGGGAACCCAUGGAAUUGGGCUUGGAGGCCGUUUUUGAUCAAAUUGUGAGGAAGAAACGCGGUGGGUGGUGUCUCCAGAUCAACCAAAUUCUGCACUGGGCUCUCACCACAAUGGGUUUUGAGACCACAAUGCUGGGAAGCUAUGUUUACAACGUUACGGCUGAAAGAUACGGCAGGGCUGUCAUGCACCCCCUGGUGAUGGUGACCCUGUGUGGCAGGAAAUACAUAGUUGAUGCUGGGUAUGGGAGCUCUUUCCAGAUGAGGCAGCCUCUCGAGUUAAUUUCUGGGAAGGAUCAGCCUCAGGUGCCUUGCAUCUUCCGCUUAACAGAAGAGGGAGGAACCUGGUAUCUGGACCAAAUCAGAAGAGAGCAGUAUGUUCCAAACCAAGAAUUCCUUAAUUCUGAGCUCCUGGAAAAGAAAAAGUACAGAAAGAUCUACUACUUUACGCUUGAACCUCAAACAAUUGAAGAUUUUGAGUCUCCGAAUUCAUACUUUCAGACAUCUCCAGCAUCUGCGUGUGUAAAAGAUUCUUAUUGUGUCAUUCAUACCCCAGAUGGAGUUUACUGCUUAGUGGGUUUUACUCUCAUGCAUCGAAGAUUCAGUUACAAGGACAACAUGGAUCUGGUGGAGUUUAAGACACUGAAUAUGGAAGAAGUACAGGAAGAGCUGAAAAAGAUAUUUAAUAUUUCCUUGGAGAAAAAGUUUGUGCCCAAACAUAGUGCAACUUUUUUUACCAUUUAGAGUAAUCAGUAAUAAAAUGGAUCAGUCCCCAAAAGAAAGGGAAGUAAAAGUAAAUGAAUGGGACUACACCAAACUAAAAGGCUUCUGUACAGUGAAAGAAACCAUCAACAAAACAGGCAACCAAUCUAAUGGGAGAAGAUAUUUUCCAACAAUACCUCUGAUAAGUGGCUUAUAUCCAAACUACAAUAUAUAAAUACCUUAUACAACUCAAGAACCAAAAAAUCUAAUUAAAAAUACUUAGAACAAUAAAGUUAAAUUUUAGAAAAUGAGUAGAGGACCUGAAUAAGCACUUCUUCCAAGAAGACAUAAAAAUGGCCAACAGAUGUAUAAAAAAAAAAUGCUCAAAUUCACUAGUUAUUAGAAAAAUGCAAAUCAAAACCAUAUGAAAGGGUGGAGGGUUAGUGUUGGGUGAAAAAGGUGAAGGGGUUAAGCAAAAACAACAACAAAACUUAUAGACAAAGACCACAGCAUGGUGAUUUCUAGAGGGGUAGGAGGUAGGUGAGGUAGAAGAGGGAAAAGACACUGAAGACAUAGAGAAAGUGGGGCCACAGAUGAAUAGAUCUUGGGUCCCUGAACAGCUGUGGGGUACAACAUGGGAUGUAAUGUAAUAUGGGUGAAAAAUAAACUCUUCCUGAAAUUUUCA